CGGUCUCUUUUCUUAUAGGGCGGACAAAAAAAAUGGUCCGACCAAAGUGUCGGCCCUGGCUCAAGCGGCUCGAGGGCCGCCAUUUACGGAAAAACAAACAAAAACGCGUUUGUUUUUCCGAAAAUUCAUGUUUUGCACGAGUUUUGCGUGUGAUUCUGCAUGAUGGGUGUUGCGUUUUUUGUCUCACGAUUUUCACGUUGUCGUUUGUGGUUGGAAAGAGCUUCCCCCCAAACCACUCGACCCUUGUGGCGAGAUUCGUUUUGUUGCCCUUUGGGGGCACUUUCUCAGGGUCCGGACGGUGCAAGGACCCCAGGACCCCAGGGACCCCAGAACCCCAGCAACUGCAGGAACGCCAGGGACCCAGCAACCCCCGCCCUCCAGGGCCCGAGACAGCUUGUGACUUUCGCGGUGCCGAUUUCGGUAUCUUGCUCAGGAUGCGGGUCAGCCAGUCUGACGGAUGGACGGCGAGAAGCCUUGCAAGGCUUGGCCCGACCGACCUUCAGGCCGCGAGUGGAGCAAAAGGAGGAGCAUCCAAAACCCUACAUCAUUGGUGUUGCCAAAGAAGCCAGUCAAUCUUGUGUUUGCUCCGCUGGAAACUUGGCUUGAGGGUACUCAUCAACACUGACACAACAUCAGCUCGCAAUGGUUGCCCAAUGGGUCCAGGGCUUCAGGAAUCGCAGCGCUUUCGCAGUGGCCAUGGUGACGAUGCGGACCAGGACAAAAAGCCGAGGUAUGUGCCUCUGCCUUCUCGGGGUCGCAUUGGCGCUGCACGUGCAGCCGAGCACGGACUUUGCCCGAGGAGGAGUUCCUGGGCUGAAGGACAGCAUAUUGGCAGAUGGUCAGCAGGCUGCCAUCGAGGCCAUCCUAUCGUCGAGCUGGACGGUGCGCCGGCCAGCACCGAUGAAACCUGCAUUGAUGGGGCGCACGGAGGCCAAGCGGGAACUCCUUGAAUACAUUCGCGGGGCCAUGGAUGUUGCCAAUUCAAUCCACUGGGAGCAGGGGACGCUGCCAAAGUGCAGCAUGACGGUGACGGUUGGUGUCAAGGGAAUCGGCAAAACUCGCCUCCUGCAUGAGAUGUGCACCACUUGGCUCAACGAAACUGGGGCGAAGGUCGGACUGCACGUGGAUUUCAAUAGAGGCAGCGAAUGGGAUGCAAGCAAGGGCCCAGAAAAUGCCUUCGCACAGGUGCUCCUUCAGAGCGCCGGCAUGCGGCCGGAUGACGCUGAAUGGUGCUCGGCGGUCCUUCCAUGGAAGAAGGUGAUGCGGGCUCUGCAGCAGAAGCUGGGAUUGUCAAAGGAGCUUCUUGUGGUGGGGGUGGACGAGGUCAUGCAGCUGGAACAAAAAUGCGGCACCAAGCCGUGCUGCAAUUUCAUCUCCACCCUCAUGAACACCCAAGACGCAUCUCUUAUUUCGGGAGAGUUUCCUGUUAUUUUCAUUUGGACAGCGCUCUUGGAGAGCUACAUGAAGGAGCGAGCAAGCCAGUCUGGCCGCAAAAUUGCGACACUGAUGUUGAAGGCUUUGCCACCUGAUUCCUUGGACAGGGUACCUCAGGAGAUUCGCAAUGCUUUCGAGCAAACACCUGGCAGACGACAGCUGUUGCGACAGCUCCUUGGCCAUCCGCGCUUGACGUUUGAUGCUUUACAGGAUGCGUUUUCUGUCUGUGGAGUGCCUGAAACCACCUUUGCGUUGGCCCAAUUUCGCAUGAGAAUGAUAAGCUUUGCCAAGCUUGACCAGGGCAAACCCUUGCAGAGUGACGAGGUCAGACAGUGGUAUUCACCCAGUGCGAUCAUUGCGACUGGAGUACAUGACGACCUUGUCUCCCGCGGCUUAGUCCAGGCCGUGCAGUUUGGCAACUCUGGCCAUAAGUCAGUCUUGCACCCGCUCAUUUUGCAAAGCUGGGCUGAAAGCCACCGUGAGCCCUUGGCAAACCAGAUCAAGAAGAUGUUUGAAGAGGAUGCUGUCAUUGAGGCCACGCAUGAGAAGAAGUUUGAGACCGUCAUGCUUCACUUCGAUGCUGCGGUGCGUUUGGCAUUGGAGCAGGAAAGCUGCACGCUGGAGCAGCUCUUCCCAGGGGCGAACUUGAAGCCAGAGAGCCUGCGAGCAGUGCUUGUCAUGCCGGGGUUGCAGUACUCUGGCGACUCGGUGGUGGAGCUCGAUUCCUUUGACGACGUUGACGAGGUGAUGAGCUCCUUAGAGUACGGCAGCAUCGUGGUGUCCCAGAAGCGCACUGAGAAAGGGAUUGAAUAUUUGGUGCCAUGGACAGUUCCGCGCAAAGAUCACCGACAGCUGCUUCGAAGCUUGCAGCCGACAGGGCCUGGGGACAAGGACCCAAACGCCCAUCUAUUGAUUCUUGGCGCGCAAACCAAGUAUGUACAGGAGUUCGUGGGCAAGUGGCCCUCGGUGGAAGACAAGGCGAAAAAAGCACUGGCUGGCCUCCAAGCCAAUCCGAAGGUGCUCCAAGCCUUGCCCGUGUUCUACACCACUGAGAGCACUAAAGAGGGCCGGUCCCUUGACAAUCCCAACGUCUAUUUCAACGAGGUGGGCCUCGCGGAACUCCUCUUGGAGAGGACCGGGCCCCUUCGACUGUUCUUCGAGAAGCUUGGCAAGCCUCUGCAAAACAAGCUUGCGGACUUUGGGUGAAACCUGAAGCUGAAGGCAAAAGGCACAGACAGGGCUCCGCGUUGC